GCAGUCCCUGUCUGGCCGUCCUUUCUCCACACGCAGGAUUCCUCUUUUUCACUUGUUUGCCUAUUUGGUUUGAUUGACGUGAUGGCUGGGUUCCUCCUCGGCGUGUCGGUGGUCGUAGCUGUGUGGUCGGCCUCGGUCCUCAGCCUGUCAGGUGGAGCUUUAAAAGUUUUCUCCAGCAGCCCAGAGGCCAACACGCUGCUGAGGUCCAGACGAGCCAACUCCUUCCUCGAGGAACUAAAGCCGCCCUCCCUUGAGCGGGAGUGUGUGGAGGAGAGGUGUGACUUUGAGGAAGCCAGGGAGAUCCACCAGACCCGGGAGGUCACACUGGAGUUCUGGACCGUCUACACAGAUGGAAACCAGUGUAUUUCAAACCUCUGUGAACAUGGAGUGUGUGCGGAUCUCCUCCAAGGCUAUGCUUGCCUCUGUAACCCUGGAUAUGAGGGAAAGUACUGCCAAUACCCCAUCACAGCCACUAACUGUUCCUUUGAAAAUGGAGACUGUGACCACGAUUGCACGGAGAAGGAGGAUGGACAGGGGCGGAUAUGCAGCUGCCUGACCGGAUACCGUCUCCUUGAUAACUCCAGGAAUUGUGUCCCGACUGGAAGUUCCUCAUGUGGGCAGCUGCAGAUGGCCCGCUCAUCGUACAGCCAACCGAUGGAAGGCCUCCGACCCUGGGUGGUGGGAGGGGAGAUUGGCACGAAGGGAGAAAGCCCCUGGCAGGUGUUGGUAAUGAACGCCUUCGGAAAGUUCAAGUGUGGAGGCGUCCUGAUCGAUGAGAACUGGGUCCUCACCGCCGCCCACUGUCUAGCAAACAGCCGGCGCUUCAAGGUUCGACUGGGUGACUAUGAACAGUAUAACUUUGAGGGCACGGAGGUCGACGUGGAAGUGGCUCAGGCCUUCGAGCAUCCAAGAUACCAAAGAACAACAGCUGACAAUGACAUCGCACUGAUGCGGCUGGCCUCACCCGCUAGCUUCACUCAAUACAUCGUCCCUGUAUGUCUGCCGAGCCAUGAGAUGGCCCAGCGAGUCCUCCACCUCAACGGGACCCUUACUGUGGUCAGUGGAUGGGGCAGGAAAGGCGAGGGCAGCCACUUCAGCUCAGCGCUGAAUGUCAUCAAGGUGCCGCUGGUCAGCCACAGCUUGUGUGCCCGCCAGAUGAGCAACAACAUCACCGACAACGUCCUGUGCGCUGGGAUCCUAGGCCAGAGGUAUGACGCCUGUGAGGGGGACAGCGGCGGACCGAUGGUCACUCUGUACCGAGGCACCUGGUUCCUGCUGGGCCUGGUGUCCUGGGGCGAGGGCUGUGGUAAACUGGACAAACUGGGAGUCUACACAAAGGUGUCCAAGUACAACAAGUGGGUUAACAGCAUCCGUGAGGAAUGGGACAGGGUCCACGGCCCCCAAGUGUCCCGAGGGGCCUGAUCUAGCUUAGGUUUGUUUCUUCUUCAAGACAGAGAUGUUCUUUGUUCAAUAAACUGCUGAUCUUCCAGGUGACUUUGUCCUUUUCACUAAUGGUCUUAUAUCAUGUUUGAAAAAGAAAGCUGUAUAAGUGAAAUGUGUUUCUUUUAGAUAUCUAUCAGCGCACUGAGAGCUAAAACUCAAAAAAUCGGUCACUUCUUUUGUGGUUCAUUGCCUUUGCUGAAGUCUGUGCACUGAACAUCUCAUGUCUAACAAACAAUAAAAAGUCAUGUCAAGU